AAUAAAAACAACAAACCUGUUUGGAAAGUGUUGUUGAACCUUUCUUAAUGUCUACCUGACACCCACCACCAUUGUUAACAACGAACCACUGGUAAACCUUUCCUUCAUUGAUUGACAAUAUAUAUUAGUAGUAGAUCCUUUUGCAUUAUUCACCUUUCCCUUUAAACCUAAUCAUUCAUUCUUUACAGUGGCCUUAGUAGUAGUAGUAGUAGUUAUUUCAAAGGAGACAACUUUCGCACCAACAACAAGCCUUUUGCUUCUUCUUUCUUAGUAUAGGACCAGAAGUUAAAGAGUUGGGACAGCUUGUAGCUUCUGGAAGCUGGUUCAACUGAAGAUAUAGUACAACAAUAAAAUCACAAUGUUCAGGCUGUCACCUCGGAGGAAUCAGAGAAAUAAAGGUUUUAAGGUGAAGCAUGCCCUGCAGAUAUGUGUGCUAGUUGGUGUUUGCAUCUGGCUGCUUUAUCAGGUCCAGCACUCCCGUAGCAAAAAGGCAUCAUAUGGAGAAAGCUCGAACAUUUUGGAGAAGGUACAAAAAUUUGGGAGAAAAGACAUCCAACCAAAAAAUAUUGAAAUGAUAACACGGGAUGAGAAUCGAAAGGAGGAACGAGAAGAAGCCAGUAAACAACUUGAAGAUGAGCUCAAGCCCGAGGAAAAUGAUCAUGAUCAAGACAAACUGGGAGAGGAAGGAGAAAAGGAGACAGAAAGUACAGAGCAAGAAGUGAAAGAUGAAGAGAAUGGAGAGAACAAAGAUGCAGAGGGUGAAGGGGGAAAUGAGAUGCAAAAUCAAGAGAAAGAGAAUGAUGGAAAUAAAAAUAAUGGUGAGGAGGAGGAAACUAGAGAAGACGACCGGGGAAAGCAUGAUGAAGAGCAAAGUGGUGAGGAGACUGGAGAAAAUAAAGAAAAUGGCGGCGCAGAAAAGGAGAAUGAAACGAAGGAGGAGAACAAUGAGAAUGCUAAUGAAGACACAAAAGAAAAUGGAGCUGAGCAGAAAGGUAAUGAGGAAAAGGAUGCAAAAGAAGAGAAUGGGGAAAAUGAAGAGACCAGGGAAAAUAAGAAUGACCUGGAUGGAGGUGAAGAGCAGGAAGUGAAGGAGCAGGUUAACGAUGAGAGCAAGGCAACAGAAAAGGAAGAGAAGAAACAAAUAGGCAAUGAAGAUCAAGGUAGAGAGAAACAGGAAGACCAUGAAGUGAAGGAACAAAAAGAAGGUAAAUCUGAGGAAUCACCAGAUGAGAAGGUUCAUCAAGCAAAUGAGCAGACAAACGAAGCUGCUGCACGGGAAAACACCAAUGGUGGGAAUGCCCAGAGUGAAGAGGUUCAGGAUUCUCAAAGUAUGAAAGACACUGAGAAAGUAAAUAAGGAAAACGUAAAUGGGGAAGAACAGUCGACUGAGAAGGUCCAGGACAAGUCUGAAGGCAACAGUGAAAAUGUGACAGAGGCAAAUAAGGUACACGAUAAUGAAUCAGGUUCAAAUGCAAAAGAAGGUGAGUCAAAUGAACAGAAUAGUCCAUCAACUGUUGCGACUGAUGAAGGCAAUGACAGUGAAAACACACAGCAGGGAUCAGGUCACGAUUCCAAUCCUGCAGAAGGAAGGAGGGAAGCUAAUCAAGAGCAAGGCAACAGCAAUGAGACCACACAGCAGGAAUCAGGGGAAUCUUCCAAUCCUACAGAAGGAACACAUGAAGCUAAUGAAAAGCAAGGCAAUGCCAAUGAAACCACACAGCAAGGAUCAUGGGAUAACUCCAAUCCCACAGAAGGAACAAAGGAAGCUAAUCAACAGCAGAGCAUUAGCGACAAUUCUAAGGAUGAUGCUGAUCAAAAGCAGAGAAAUGCUGUUGGUCAUGUCCUUCCUGGGGGAGAUGGUGCGCAGACUACUCAAGAGGAGCAAACCGAUAACAAGGAUGCUGCAACAAACAAUGACAAAUCCGAUACAAGUUCAAAUAUGAAGGAGGGCUCAGCAUAUGGAGAAGGUUCAAAUGAUGUGGGCAAUAGACAAAAUGCUGGUAGCAAUACUGUUGGGGGUACAGAGAAAAGUUCAGAAAAUUCAUCAGCCAAUCAGGUUAAUGAAAAGGUCGAGAUCCAGAAGUCUGAUGCUCAUUCUGAAACAGGACCGGAAGAAAAGAUUAACCCUUCAAAUGACAAUGACAAUACUGAUUCCAGUGAAAAUAGAUCAGUAGAUUCUUCUGGUUCCUCGAGUGCUACUAAAGAGGAGGCAUCUUCAAACUCAAAUGAGAAUGCUGAAGCUGAGCAGAAUAGCAUGGUUGACUCAUCAAGUUCUACAAUUCCCCAAGAAGAGAAAGAGGCUCGCACUGACCUUGAAACUUUGCCUGAGAUGGGAAAUGAGGGAACUAGUCAAGAAGAUGCAGUCGCUUAGUGAUGCUACAUAUUAGCCUUUUGUGAACUUUGAAGCUUUUGUUGCAUUCUUUGCUUCCUUUCAUGGUUAUUGCCAGAACAAUUGUGGAAGUAUGUACACUUCGUUUGAUGACGUUGAUGCUGGUCAUUUGUUGUGGACCAGAACCAGGAAAUGCAAGUAAUGAAAUGAACUAAAAUGCAAUGAAUCAA